AUGACUCUUUCCACAAUUAACCAUGGCCUUGGAAUGGAGCAAGUCCACCCUUUGUCCGUCAGAUGCGAGAGUUCCUGUGAUAGAGUCAUUUUAAACUGUCGAAGUCUACGAGUAGGAACACUUCUCCGGGUGUUAAUAGAGCCAGUCAUUUUUUGUUUGGAUUUUAUCAAGAUACAGCUAGAAGAACCGGAAGGUGGUCCUAUGCCAAUUACUUUAGAUACCUCUGAUUUAAUAAAAUGUGAAUGGUGUAAUGUCUUAAAACCACCAGUAGUGUUUCUACAGACGACCCCAGCAGUUUAUGAAAAGUUGAUUAUGCAGUUGCAAAUGCGUAAGAAAGAUAAAGUUUGGACCGAGUGUAAAGAAAUAAAUAAGAUUCCAAAUCUAGAACAAUAUAUUAUUUUAAGUGUUGACACAGACCUUGAUCUUAAAACAAAUACACUAUUUGAAAGAAUCAUUACUGAAAUAGGUAGACAGAAUAAGCUUUCCAACUUUUUUUCAAAAAUUCCCUUUGAAAAAGCCAAUAGCAGACUUGUUGCCUGUAGAAAAACCUAUACCGAAAGCAUCAAAGGAACUGUGAUACAAAAAUUAAACCCAAUAAAGAUGUCCUUUGAAACUAAAAUGCAACUUCAAAACAAACGAAAACUCCAGUUUUUUGGUGAUGACAAAGCAGGUGGAGCGAGCCAUGCCAUCAUUAUUGGUCCUGUAGAAAAACUAAUAGUGUAUCCACCACCUCCAGCUAGAGGAGGAAUUUCUGUUACUAAUGAGGACCUACACUGUCUAAAGGAAGGGGAACUUCUAAAUGAUAUUAUUAUUGACUUUUAUUUGAAAUAUUUGGUGCGUGAGAAACUGAAGAAAGAGGAAGCCAACCGAAUUCAUAUCUUCAGUUCCUUUUUCUACAAAUGCAUGACUGACAGACAAAGACAGAAUUUUCAGGAAAGCACCAAUCUAUCAAUACAGAAAAAGCGACAUCGAAGAGUAAAAACCUGGACCCGGCACGUAGAUAUUUUUGCAAAGGACUUUAUUUUUGUACCUGUUAAUGAAAAUGCUCAUUGGUUUUUGGCUAUUAUUUGUUUCCCUGGCUUGGAGAAACCAAAAUAUGAGCUUAAACCUCAUUACCACAAAAACACACUCGUGCAAAAAAGUUUAACUGUAGUAGACAGUUGUAUAUCUUCUCCUUCAUCCAAUGAGAUGGUCAGUUUUUCACAAAACUCCUCUGCCACGCCUGUAAUUUCAAGGAUUCUAAACAGAAAGCCGCAUAUAGAUUUAUUUCAUUCAAAAAAUGCUCUACGGGAAGAAAGUGACCCUCGUUGUGGGGCAAAUAUAUGCAAUGUAAAAGAUAGUUUGGAAAAAAUAAACCAGACUGCAAGUGCAAGUGAAGAAUCAAAUAAAGGACAGUCUGUGUGCGAGAAAGUUGUUGAUAAGAAUAAAAGUGAGAGUGGCCCACACGAUGACCAUUUAAGACUUUCACACCAUAUACAUGAAUUAAGUAAAAUCAGGCUAAGCUAUCCUAAUGAGUCAUCCUUAAAAGAUCAGGAUAGCCAUUGCAACCCGGAGAGGGGACAGUGGCAUUUAAAGCCUACCGUCUAUAAGAUGCCUUGCAUCUUGCUUCUGGACUCGCUACGAGGCCCUUCCCGCGCACAUGUUGUAAAAAUUCUAAGAGAAUAUCUAGAGGAGGAAUGGGAAAUUAAAAAGGGCACCAAGAGGAGUUUUUCCAAAGAUGUUAUGAAAAGCCUCAGUCCAAAUGUACCCCAGCAAAGUAACCUCAGUGAUUGUGGUGUCUAUUUACUGCAGUAUGUAGAAAGUUUUUUUGAGAAUCCAGUUCUCAAUUUUGAACUACCUACAAAUUUGAGAAACCAGUUUCCUCCUCUAAGAAUGCGAACAAAAAGAGAAGAAAUCCGCAAUCUUAUUCUGAAGAUCCAGGCAGAGCAGUGCAAAGAGCAGAAGCGUGCAGACAGGCAUUCAAAAGAAACGCCUUUAGGUGAAGGAACGCAACCAGACAAAGGCAGUAUUGCAGACUGA